AGUUUUCCCGCAUUAUUUCCAGGUCAGAGGCGUCAGCAACGCGGCGUUUCCUGUGUGUGGCGCGUCGGGACUAAAGAUGGCCGGAGAUGGAGGCGCUCUGAAGGAUAUCAACGAGAUUAAAUCACAGUUCCGGACGCGGGAGGGAUUCUACAAGCUGCUCACACUCUCCGACUCGCAGCAGCGGGCCGGGCUGUCGCGGGGGCCCUCGGCGGGACUCACGGUGGGUCCCGGUGCGGGCACGGGCUCCAUCACGGGCGGCGGUGCUGCUGUUGGGCUGGUGCAGGGGCCCGGGUCCGCCGCCACCGCCGCCGCGACCAACUCCUCUCCGGGCUUCCUGCCGCCGGUCCGGGUGUCGAUGGUGAAGCUGAAGCCGGAGGACCCGAGCGAGGAAUCGGAGCGUGUGUGUUUCAACAUCGGCAGGGAACUUUACUUCUACACCUACACGAACAUUAAAAAGGCAGUGGAUCUCAGUAAGCCUAUAGACAAGCGCAUAUAUAAGGGCACACAGCCGACGUGUCAUGACUUCAAUCAGUAUUCAGCGACAGAUGACAGCGUGGCUCUCAUCGUGGGCUUCUCCGCUGGACAGGUGCAGUAUCUGGACCCCAUCAAGAAAGAGACCAGCAAGCUUUUCAACGAGGAGAGGAUGAUUGACAAAUCGAAGGUGACCUGUCUAAAGUGGUUGCCAAAGUCGGAGAACCUGUUUCUGGCGUCCCACGCCAGCGGUCACCUCUACCUCUAUAACGUGGAGCACCCGUGUGGUACCACCACACCGCAGUACUGUCUGCUGCGCCAGGGCGAGGGAUUCGCCGUCUACUCCUGCAAGGCGAAGACCCCUCGUAACCCGUUACUCCGCUGGGUGGUGGGCGAGGGCGGGCUGAAUGAGUUCGCCUUCUCGCCUGAUGGCGUCCAUGUCGCUUGCGUUGGCCAGGACGGGUGUCUGCGCGUCUUCCACUUCGAUUCGAUGGAGUUGCAGGGUGUGAUGAAGAGCUACUUUGGCGGCCUGCUGUGCGUAUCUUGGAGCCCCGACGGGAAGUAUCUUGCAACAGGUGGAGAGGACGACCUGGUCACGGUGUGGUCGUUCGCCGAGAGUCGCGUGGUAGCUCGCGGCCACGGUCACAAGUCUUGGGUCAACGUCGUGGCGUUCGAUCCCUUCACUACCAACUUAGAAGAUGACGAACCGAUGGAGCUCAGCGGCAGUGAAGAGGAUCUCCAGCAGGGGGCGCUGCACUUUGGUCGGGUACGCACUAGCAGCACGCUCUCGCGCCUCUCGCGACACAGUUCUAAAGGCGGCGCAUCUUCGGUGUCAUAUCGUUUCGGAUCAGUCGGGCAGGACACGCAGUUCUGUUUGUGGGAUCUAACAGACGACAUUCUGUACCCUCGCCUACCGCUCUCCCGCACCCUCACAAACACAUUUGGUCCCACAAUCCCGUCAUCAGGUAGCGCAGCUUUGAACAACACCAGUGGAAGUAGCGCCGUCGAAGGUCACCAUCACCCCUCCAACCCCCACCAGACGUCUACGUUGCCUCUUCCGUUGCCUCGUUCGCUAUCCCGGUCCAAUUCGCUCCCGCACCCCACUGUUGCCAACACUUCCAAGAUCCAGGGGGCGACAGAGAGCGGAGGAACGGGAGGAAGCAGUUGCGGAGGCAGUAUCACCCCGUUCAGCAUCGGUCGCUUUGCGACGCUGUCGCUACAAGAGCGCAAAUCGGACAAAUCAGGAGUGGCCGGGGAAAAGGAGCACAAACGUUACCACAGCCUUGGAAACAUUAGCAAAAGCAACGAUAAGAUCAACGUCCCGCCACGCAGUACCCGACUGGAUGGCGCAAAAGUUCUGGGCACCACGCUUUGUCCACGCAUGAAUGAAGUGCCGCUUCUGGAGCCGUUGGUGUGUAAGAAAAUUGCUCACGAGCGCCUUACCGUGCUCGUCUUCAUGAACGAUUGCAUCAUCACGGCGUGUCAAGAAGGCCUCAUCUGUACUUGGGCAAGACCGGGCAACGCGCACCUGUCCCAACCACUGUCGGCACAGAAUGGAAACUCGCCGAGUGGGACCGUGGUAUAGCCGGAGCGCCGCCAUCAUUCCAAAGAGCUGACUUCCAUAUUUCUGCAAUCCAGAGCCAAUCAUUCACAGUGUUACAACCCCACACCCUUCACUCUGUCUCCAACAAAACACGCUAGUUUAGUUGCACAUUAGCAUCGAGUAGACAUCAACACAGGAGCGACGAUGCACGUCAACGACUUCCUCUACGCUAACUUCUGCUCCGCCACGGACAGACCGGAUAGACUGCAAACGAUCGAGACUUUUGUUUGCAGAAACUCCUCUGGCGUCCUAUUUAGCCUCGCAUCGCAGCGAAUAACGCUGCUAAAGCCACGGCCAUUGUGUUUUCUUUUUAUUUAAUUGAUUGUUGAGUCUUCAGCGGUUUAUAUAUGUACAUAUUCAGACUGCUCUAUAAUGGCAGAGGACAACAUGCAUUGAACAAUUAAUAUAUGAAGAUCCUAUAUUGUACAUAGUGACAGUUGCAUUGAAUGUUUGCCAGUUUUAGGGGAUUAAUGGUUUAAUGUUAUUGUGUGCUAGCGCUUCGGAAAGUGCACCGUUUGCGUUGCCGUUUGGCAGAAGAGAGUAAAGCACAAUUGUCGGAACGCUAGGAUAUCGUAGGGAGUUUUCCGCUUCAUAGACGUGCAUGUUUAACUAGAUUAAUGUGUUCUAGAAAAGGGCGGGGUCUGAACGAUUUCAUAUAUUAUGUUUUUUGCCAAGCUAACAAUGCUGCCGCCGCUGCAAACGGAUGUUUAUCACCAUUUUCACUUGACUGUUUCGAGCUAGCUGAAUCUCGAUGUGGAUGUCGAGUUCAAGGCAAGUUCUCUGUAGUUAAGAAACACAUUUACACGGUUGUAGCACGCAGUAGGCACAUCCUUACGCCUGCUAUGCCUCUUGCUAAAUUUUGCACAUUUACAAGUUGAUUUAAGUACAUUGGUGGAAAGUUGGGAUCGCUGAGUUAGCCAGCUAAUGGUAGAUUUCAAUAAAUAUUAUCGUAUGUGACUUUGUAAUGCAGACUUCUUGAAAGGACAAUGUCAUAUCAUUCCUAAUUACAUUUGACACCCAUAUUUACCAUUCAAGCACUGAGCAGACCUGCUAGAGUUCUCAUACGUCCUGGAAAGCGAAGACAAAACAUAAGGUCCACGCAUGUGUACACGGGGUCUCACGAGGUUAAGUUGUAAAUAUUAGACGUCGGUUAAUGGUUCACAACCUGAGGCGGUAAUAUGGUGAUGCGGCCUUCAAACUUUGGGAUGUGAAUGAAUUUUCAAUAAGAAAUUAACGAUCCGUGUCCGCUUAUACCGCGGUUACCACAUGUAGGAUUUUUGAUUUCCGUGAUGUGAAAAAAAGGGACAGAAUCAUUGAAUCCCAGUCGUCAAAAUGGCAUUAGCUAUAGAACGUCUCAGAAUUUGUUUUGGCUCAGUGGGUAGCAAUGUUGCCUCACAGGAAGAAGGUCCACCGGGAGUUCCGGCUCAUCAAGGCCUUUUCUGUGUGGAGUUUGCAUGUUCUCCCUGUGUUCAUGUGGGUUUCCCCGACAGUCCAAAAAUAUGCAGGUUAAUUGAAUUGGAAACUCUAAAUUGCUCGUAGAUAAUAGUGUGAGUGUGUUUGUCUGUGUGUUAGCCCUGUGAUGGACGGGAUACCUGUCCAGGAUGUUUCCCUGCCUUCGGCCCGAGACAGCUGGGAGAGGCUCCAGCUCUACCCGCAACCCUUAAUAUGACCAGCGGAUAUAGAAGAUGGAUGUGCCAGGCAGGGAUGGAUUAUAACUUGCAAAGGUCCUGGGGCCAAUUAUCUCCAAGGGCCCCCCUCCACCCAAUAGUUGUUGGGGGGGGUGUUUGUUGUU